AUCGAAUGCAUUAACUCUCCGGAAUGGUCAGACUUGGACGUACGCGUGUUGUCCUUCCCGGAAUUUUGCUACUUUCCGCCGAUAAUAGAGACAUUCGAAUCAAUGUUCAUCAACAAUUGUGAUUUAUCGACUAACAACAGUUUAGGCGAAAUCACGCAAACGCUAGGAAUCACCAGCGUGAUAAAGCUGGUCUUUCAAUUGCACAAGAAAUUGAACAAACUCAAGCAUCAUUUAGAGCAUUAUUUCGAAAAUUUGAAGUCUCUGUCCUUAACGAACAACAAUGUGUCCUACGCAGAUAAAGAUCUAUUAGCUGGUCUAGUCAACUUAACGAACCUCAACUUGCGCGACAACAAUUUACACCAAGUCACAGGAUUUUUCAACUACACCCCCAAAUUGCGGUUGCUCGAAUUGAGCGACAAUGCACUGCAAUCGAUAGAACCAGGCACAUUCGACAAUCUGAAAAAUCUGUUGAUUCUCAAUUUAUCGGUAAAUCAUUUAACCGAGCCUCGGUCGGGAAUUUUCGACGAGCUCGUCGCUCUCCGAGAGCUCGAUCUCAAUACGAAUGACAUGGUCAGGUUACCGGAAGACAUCUUCGCGAAGCUCGAAAACCUCGACGUUCUCAACUUAUCUCGAAACAAUUUCACAAAUUUACCGAAGAAUCUGUUACAAAAUAACACGAAACUACGCAAUUUCACUCUGUUUGACAACAAGCGAAAUAUGACAACCUUGCCAGAUGCAUUUUUCGCUAAUUUAGCGAAACUGGAGGUGUUGGAAUUGAAAAGGAACGGAUUUGUCACGCUACCGGAAGAUCUCUUCUGGGGAUGUACUUCGCUAAUUAAUAUCAAUUUGGAACGAAACUAUCUUCGAACCUUACCUAAAUACAUAUUCUGGGAUUUGAAGGAACUCAAAAUUUUGAAAUUAAAUUUUAACAAUCUUGGAAAUUUGCAUAAUUUGAUCUUCCGGGAUACCGAGCAUUUAGUAAAAAUAGAUUUAUCAAAAAAUCGAAUUACCUCCAUUUCCAAGUACGUUUAA